AUGCAUAUUCUCCAGCGCGUGCUUGUAGGCGGCUUUCUUCUCCUUGGCGCACUAGGGAAAAGCCAGGCGCAACUCAACGGAGGAGCUCCUGUGCCAUACAAGGUCCAGAAGCCGCCUCUAGAUACCGACUGGACUUACAAGGUCGGAACAAACCCAUGGCCCGAGCAUCCCCGUCCCCAGCUUCACCGUCAGGACUGGCAGAGUCUCAACGGCAUCUGGACGUACGACGCUGCCGACUCGAACCUGGCUCCAUCGCAACCACCGCCGUCCACUGCGCUGUCUCGCGAAAUCAUGAUCCCCUCAUGCGUUGAGAGCGGCCUCUCUGGCGUCCAGCAGCUCAACCCGACAAACAUGUGGUUCGCUCGCACUUUCCGAGUACCCGAUGGUUGGAAGUCGCAGAAUGUUCUCCUCAACUUUGAAGCAGUCGAUUACGAGGCUACCGUGUUUUUGAACGGCGUCAAGGUCGGACACAAUGUUGGCGGGUAUUUCCGGUUCACCAUUGACAUAACCCAGAGUAUAAAACGGGGGCAAGAAAAUGAGCUCUUCGUUUUCGUGUACGACCCCACAGAUAUGGAAAUCAUCCCCGUUGGGAAGCAGACCCGGAAUCCCAGCCACAUCUUUUACCGCUCAUGCUCGGGCAUAUGGCAGACGGUAUGGAUGGAAAGGGCGCCCGAAAAUCACAUUACGCAGCUUGACGUCUCGGCAGGGAUGGACGGUGGCGUCACCAUCACUGCGCAUACCUCGGGCCGGCAAAGUGCCGAGGUCACGGUCAAGGUGAUUGAUCCAAACGGACAUGUCGUGGCAGAGCAGUCGGGGAUAUCUGACGAGGAGUUCACCUUCAAGGUCAACUCCCCGAAGCUGUGGUCCCCUCGUUCACCAACCCUGUAUAACCUCUCCAUCAGCACGGGCGACGACGAGGUCAGCAGCUAUAUAGGAUUCCGCACGAUUUCCAGCGGCAAAGUCAACGGCGUUCAGCGGCCGCUUCUCAACGGCGAAUUUGUCUUUCUUCUUGGCACCCUGGAUCAAGGAUUCUGGCCGGACGGUCUCUACCUUGCACCGAAUCGCGAGGCCAUGGUGUACGACCUGAAGAUGCUCAAGAGUCUGGGCUUCAAUAUGUUGCGCAAGCAUAUCAAAGUCGAGCCUGACCUGUUCUACCGCGCUUGCGACGAGCUAGGUCUGCUCGUAACACAGGAUAUGCCCAGUCUUCCCGCCGAUGGCAACCGACCGCCCAACGCCCAACAGCAGGCAGAGUUCCAGCGACAGCUCCAACUCCUCAUCAACGAGCACAAGAGCUAUACUUGUAUUGGAAUCUGGGUCAUCUACAACGAAGGAUGGGGACAGCUUCGGGGGACCCCAUAUCCCGAGGAGAAGCUGACUCAAGUCGUCCGAGGCAUUGACCCUUCAAGGCUCAUUGACUCAGUUACUGGCUGGCAUGACCACGGCUUCGGCGACUUUUCAGAUAACCACCAUUACGCCAAUCCGCAAUGCGGCACUCCAUUCUAUUCGAUCCUUUCGUCGCCGUAUGACCCGGGGAGAAUCGGCUUCCAAGGGGAAUUUGGAGGCGUUGGCCAUGUUGUUGGCAUGGAGCAUCUGUGGAAUGUCCAGCAAGCCAUUGACCACAUCAACGAGACGUACGAAAUCAACGCGGACCUGAACUCGUACAACUACCGUGCCAGCGUGCUGUUUAGAGAACUCAGGGAGCAAGUCGCCCGCUAUGCGUGCAGCGGAGGCGUUUGGACGCAGACGACGGACGUUGAAGGGGAGGUCAAUGGGCUGUAUACGUACGACCGCCGGGUGUUGCGUCCAGACCGGCAGCAGUGGAAGUCUGACAUUGAUAGACUGUACAGGGCGGCCCACAGGAGGGGAGGGGCGAGGCCAUAG